AUGGAAUCUCAGAUCGAGAAAGCCAUCGAGAUUGCAUGGAAUCCCGCCUCCGACCAAGCCCUCAAAAGUCAAGCCUUUGACUACCUCCACCAACUACGCUCCGACCCUCAAGCCUGGCAGUUUUGUGUGAAUCUCUUUACCAGAAUACCCACCUCGUCCGAAGUAGUACGGCUCGUCAGCCUCGAGAUCGUCAAUAGUGCCAUCCAUGCACAAUCCUUAGACACCCAGAGCCUCCUCAGCCUCCGCGAUGCUCUGCUCAACUACGUUCGAUCUACCUACAGUAGCAACCAACAACCCAAACUCGACUCCGGUUCUUUGCAGAACAAACUCACUCAGACCUUGACUUUGCUUUUUGUUUCUUUGUAUAAGCAGGGUUGGGAAUCCUUCAUCGAUGAUUUCUUGGCCUUGACUAUCUCCCCCGGGAGUAACCAACCCGACAAUGUCGUCGGUGUCAUUCUUUAUCUACGACUACUCAGCUCCAUCCAUGACGAAAUCGCCGACGUCAUGCUUGUGCGCCAGGAUAGUCAGGUCCGCAGCCAUACUGAGCUCAAAGAUUUGUUGCGAGAGCGUGAUGUUGGAAAGGUAGCCCAGUCUUGGCAAGAUCUUCUUGCUCAGUACGGGAAUCAGAAUGACUCCAUUGUCGAGAUGACACUCAAAAUUAUUGGCAAAUGGGUUAGCUGGGUUGACAUAUCCCUUAUCAUCAACGAGGGUAUGCUGAACUUGAUCCUCCCCUUAGUUGGGCGCUCCAAUGACUCGUCCGGCGAGGACCGAGUCCGAGACGCUGCCGUCGACGCCUUCACCGAGAUUGUUGGAAAAAAGAUGCGACCAGCUGACAAGACUGAGAUGAUAUCAUUCCUCAAUCUGCGAGACAUCAUUGCUCAGCUCAUUUCCAGCCCGCCUCUACACGAGUUCCAGGGCACUCCUCGAUAUGAUACUGAUCUAGGAGAAGCUGUCGCCAAAUUAGUCAACACUGUCACGUCUGAUAUUGUUCGAGUUUUAGAAGAUCGAUCUACCGAUGAUGCUACCAGGGCCAAGUCAAACCAGCUCCUUCACGAUUUUAUACCCUUGCUGUUACGAUUCUUCUCGGACGAGUACGAUGAGAUCUGUUCUACCGUCAUCCCUUCUCUGACGGAUGUUUUGGCAUAUUUCCGCAAACUAUCCGAGUUGCCUUCCUCCUUUUCCGAAACAUUGCCACCAAUUCUCAAUGCUAUAAUCAUGAAGAUGCGGUAUGAUGAGACAUCGUCUUGGGGAAAUGAGGACGAGCAAACAGAUGAGGCGGAGUUCCAGGAGUUGCGGAAGAGACUACAAGUGCUUCAGAAAACUGUAGCAGUUGUAGACCAGAAUCUCUACGUCGAAGUUCUUACCAACCUCGUUGCCAACACUCUCCAGAAGCUAGAUGAGCAAGGGUCUAAUAUGGACUGGAGAGAUGUUGACUUGGCUUUGCAUGAGAUGUAUUUGUUUGGAGAGCUUGCGAUGCCAAAUCAAGGCCUGGGAACUAAAAACCAACCUUCCCCAGUUGCAUCCGAAAGACUGAUGGCAAUGAUGGCUAAGAUGGUACAAUCAGGAAUCGCAAAUUAUCCACAUCCAGCGAUUUUACUACAUUAUAUGGAAAUAUGUGUCCGUUAUUGUGCCUUCUUUGAGACUCAACCUUCCUUCAUCGGCCAGGUCCUGGAGAAUUUUGUCCGUCUUGUACACCAUGAUCACGUUAGGAUUCGGACCCGUUCAUGGUAUCUUUUCCAUCGUUUUGUCAAGCACCUGAGGGCGCAAGUGGGAAAUGUAGCCGAAACCGUGAUCCAGUCUAUUGGGGAUCUUCUUCCAAUCAAGGCGGAAGUGCCAGGAGAUGAUGCCGACGAUGACAUGUCAUCUGACCAGACCGAUAAUUCUGCAGAUGCAAUCUUCUCGAGCCAAUUGUACCUAUUCGAGGCAAUUGGCUGCAUUUCGUCUACUGCUGCAACCCCUGCCGAAAAACAAGCACUCUAUGCUCGCUCGGUCAUGGACCCCUUAUUUGCGGACAUGGAGCAACACCUUCCCAGAGCCAAGGCCGGUGAUGCGCUAGCCAUACUUCAGAUUCAUCACAUCAUCCUGGCUCUGGGUACGCUAGCACAUGGGUUUUCGGACUGGACACCCGGGGCGAAUUCGGCGAAUCAACGAUCACCACCGCCAAAAGCUCUAUCUGAUGAGUUUGCUCGCGCUGCCGAGGGCAUUCUUAUUGCACUUCGUGAACUCAGCAACUCAUCUGAGAUCCGCACCGCUUGUCGGUCGGCCUUUUCUCGUCUACUUGGCGUUCUUGGAUCUGCCGUACUCCCGCAACUCCCUCAGUGGAUCGACGGCCUUCUAUCCAGAAGUUCAUCGAAGGACGAGAUGGCAAUGUUUCUUCGCCUUCUCGAUCAAGUUGUCUAUGGCUUCAAAACGGAAAUCUACGAAGUACUUAACCAACUCUUAACACCGUUGUUGCAGAGGGUAUUCGGUGGCCUCUCGGAACCAAUCAAUGGCACCGACGAUGAAAUCCAACUGGCCGAACUCCGUCGCGAGUAUUUGACGUUCAUCGGUGUCAUUCUAAAUAACGAUCUUGCCGGGGUCCUUGUUUCGGAGGCAAACCAGGGCUUCUUUGAGUCGGUAGUCAACUCGAUUUUAACCUUGGCCAGGGAUAUUGGCCCUGGCUCUGGCAGCCUUCCCGCAAGCCGACUGUCCUUUGUACAGCUUGCGAAGAUGGCUGGUGUCUGGGGUGGUCCAGAUGUAGCGAAUAUCUCUGCAAACCCCUCAGCUCCGAGUGGAUCUUCAUCGCCUGUGAUUCCGGGUUUUGAUCAAUUCUUGAUCGACCGAUUUCACUCGGUAUGCUGGGAGGUCCUCCGCGACCCGCGACUCAACCCGUCUGCAGAUGCCCAGGCUAAGCAGCUCCUCCAUGAAAUCGCUGGAUUAGAGCAAGCCGUGUACCUCAAGACAGGGGAGGCAUUCUUGCACCAUCUUCAAGCCACACUUUUCCCCGGCCUUGGAAUCGAUGGAAAUGACUUUCUACGGGCCAUGACCACUUCAACGGACAAGAAGUCUUUCUCGAAGUAUUUGCAGGGUCUCUUGAAAAAUUCUAGGUGA